AUGAGGUCUCAAGAGAAAAUCAGGUUCGGGAAUAGGUUCGACAAACACUUGCUGGAACCAUUGGGACCAAAAAGUCCAUCAACACCUGGAGUUGUAAAUCUUUCUGGAGCUGAACCUAUGGGAUUAUUUGAAACAGCAUGGGAAGAAAGAUUUCCACUUGAAACUUGGAAUAAACUUCAAAAACGCAAACUUAAACUUGCAGUGAUCCAUCCUCAAUGGGAAGAGAAAGAAUACUCAUUAACGGAAGGAGUUAGAAGAUCUCAAGGAAAGCAGAAGGAAAAAAGAUUUACUAGACAAAUUGAAUCAACACCUGGAGUUGUAAAUCUUUCUGGAGCUGAACCUAUGGGAUUAUUUGAAACAGCAUGGGAAGAAAGAUUUCCACUUGAAACUUGGAAUAAACUUCAAAAACGCAAACUUAAACUUGCAGUGAUCCAUCCUGUAAGAAAUUAG